UCAUCGACAUUCUCGUCGCCAUCGUCGCUAAAUCACAACCGCAUUCGCGCUUUUUCAAAUUUUCCAUCGCUACGACAUAGCCCCGAAUAUAAAAUUAUAUCGUUAAUCCACGCUCGGCUCUUCGGUUUCCUAUAUUCGGUAUACUUUGUCACACUGGAUUUGGUCGGCAGCGACCCAAGUUCCACGAAUCCGCCGUUACACUGGCUAUCCUUAAUUUAUAUUUGAAAUGGCGGCUAUGUCGGCGGUUUCGGGCACUACUACUCUUACUCCUCCAACCAGUUCCCACGCAAAUCAUUCUGGAUGGAAUCACGCAUCUUCCGGCUAUCAUGAUAGUUCCACGUCGCAUAAGCUAUCUACAGAUAGGCAUGAGACCAACGGUUCUAUGAGAGGUCCUUCCUACAUCGCGAAUGGGGACGCUAGCUACGAUCCCUAUGCAACAGAUGAUUAUAUAUCCAGUAAAGGUCAAAAUAAAUCGACAUCUGAUCAUAAGCGACUGAAUGCCGAUGUUUCACCUUCAGAACCCGAUGACGAACACUCGAAAUGGAUUCAUAGGGAUAAGUUGGCUAGGAUAGAGAACCAGGAGCUUCAAGCCGCCGGAAUUGUCUUACCCAAGCCAAGAGCUCACAGCAGACCAAGGCGAGAUCGUAGCCCAGAGAAAGCAAACGGACGCCGGCGGGGUACCGAUGCAUCGGAGCGUCCGGUUGCGAGAUCUCGAAAAAAUUCGGACUUGAGUCUAGAAAAACCUAAUGACGUCGAGAAUCCGGGUUGGGACUUGCGUCUCCCCGAGGAGAUAGCAGAGGAUCCCGGCGAGUAUUGGGUAACAAGCGAUACAAGCAAGUCGCGCAUUCCAGUAGCCAAGAUAAGCCCGGCGCCAAUUCCUGUCGACUUCCUCGAGCGAGAUGCGCCAGCAACGCGCAAGCCAGGCUUCCCUAAGCUUGACGAAGAUCCUUCAAUCUCAUUGCCGAAAUCACGGUCACGUAGCGGUAGUUCUAACGCGCUGGAUAGUGUCCCGAAAAUUCAGCCUACGAAGCGUGCCGUUACGGAAGGAUCACCUAAGAAAACAACUUCCACUGGAGCUAGGAAAGGCACCGCGCCGACUAAAACAAACACACAAGGUCGACCUAAGACCCGGUCAGGUCCGAAUCUUCGGAAUGGUUCUACUACACGACCAACCACCCGAUCCGGCGAGUUAUCACCAUCCGUGACAAAAUCUGCGCCAGAGGGCGAUCCACCAUGGAUGAUUUCCGCAUAUAAACCCGAUCCUCGCUUGCCUCCAGACCAGCAGCUCCUUCCUACCGUCGCAAAGAGGUUACAACAGGAGAAAUGGGAGCAGGAAGGCAAAUUCGGAAAUAUUUAUGACAAGGAAUUUCGCCCUCUUAAUGACGAGGGCUUCUUAAAACCUCCCGAAGUUGAGAAGCCGAAGGAGACCGAAGAGGGACAACAGGGACAACAGGGAGAAUGGCCAUUACGGCCUGGUGCUAAGAGUCCAAAUACGAGCCGGCCCGGCACAAGCUCUUAUUCGACGAUGCCCAAGAUUCAAGGCGCACCUGCCGCUAGCCCGCGUUCGGUUCAACAGCCUCAAAUCCAGACUGCUCAAAAUCCUAGAGUACCAACAGAGGUGGAAGAACCCGAAGAAGAGAAACCAAACAAGUCUGGGUGCGGUUGCUGCGUUGUCAUGUAACCAGCCCGGCCCCGGCAUGGUUGAUACAGGUAUCCCUCCGGUUCUCCCCCGUCUCGAAGACCAUCCGCGUGAGCAAACGA